AAAAUUCCAUAGAUAGAGGAGCUUGGUAGGCUACAGUCCAUGGGGUCACAAACAGUUGGACAGGACUGAGCAGCUUCACUUUCAUUUUCAUUUAUAAACAAAACACUUGACCAUUUGGAGCCUCAGGUCUUCAUUAGUCAAAUAAAAACAUUGAACUAAGGCAGGUUUUUUCAACUUAAGGGUACAAAUAAUAAUAUAGAGUUGUUACUUUAUAUCCUCAUCAUCAUCAUUAUAGCAUAGAUUACAAAUAAUAAUAGAGUUGUUACUUUAAGUCAUAGGUUUUCAGGAAAGAACAAUAAAAUGUUGAGAAUUAAUAGGCUUGCACAUUCCAUCUGCCUGAAGAGCUUAAUGGUGAGGGAUCUUAAUUUGUGACAUGAAAUAGUUAAAAUAUCUUCUCAAGUGGCAACAGUAUAUGAAGUGACAUGGGUGUGGGAGUGAAUGUGGAUCGAUAGCUGUGGCUACAUGAAUUAUUGCUUAUCAGAAUGGUUGAUAUUAUAUAAAUUAAUAGUUUAAUCCCCAAAUGCCAUAAUCAUUCCUCUUUUCAGGUGUGACGUGUACAAGGACUCUUAGAAAGAAUGUUGCGAUUGACUCCUUGUCUGCAAACUGUGUCUUUAGAAAAAAGAUGUAAAUUACAGUUUAGGAGGAAUAUUCAUUUGUGAGAUCACGGGCUUGGAAGGCAGGCUUAUUGGGUUUCUCGUAUCUAAAUCACAGGUGAUAUAUUAGCUAAUUAAUUAAUUAGCUCUGACUCAGAUCAGUUUUGCUUACCAGAGUUACAUUUAUUUAAUGGGCUUUCAUGUAGAAAAUGAGCAUUUUGACAGUGAGGAAAAAAAAAGCACAAAAAUCUGUGUAGCUAUAGUGGUUGACUGUGUUGGGUCCUGAAGUCACUCCUUCCUACGGUUAAUGUGAAGCACGUACUGCAAGACGAAGCAUCUGACAAUUUGGAGGGUGGUUGUGUAGUCCUGGGAAUCCGGAGUGAAUUAAAGUCUAGACUCUGUAAUUUUUCAGGGGAAAGGGAGGAGGGAGAAGUCGCAGAUCAGAUAUGCCCAAAGUGAUACAGAGGCAACAUUGAAGCAGGGAUGCUGCUGCCAAUCUGUGCGUGGGGAGGAAGGCAAUCAUGGCAGAGCAGCCGCGGGAGCAGCCGCGUUCUCCAAGGCAGUCACAUAAACACCAUCAGGAGUAGGCCUCCUCUUGCAAAAAAGCAGGAGCCUGCAGGCUCGUGAGAUGCAAAGGUUCUCUGCUGUUUGAAAAGCUCCCCAGUUGAGAAUGGCUACUGUCAAAACGUUGCCAAGAAACUCUGAUGAUCCGGACAGUCACAAGUGUAAGUUAGCAAGAGUCAUUUCAGGAAAAUAAAUGAUACUUUGGGUAGAUUUCUGGUCAGUUUCUUCCCUGAAGAAGAAGAGAUCGGAUUCCCCGAAAAAAGAAAAAAAAAUUAGGGAAAAACAAAGUUUGGGCAUGCUUGCAGAAACAGUGGUGUCUUUAGAAACUACCUAGGAGGCAGAAGCUAAGUGUUGAUUUGCCCAUGCUUCUUACCUGGGAGUGGAAGGUGGGGAGAAAUGGACAGUGGCUCUGAUGAGAAGAGGAGGCACAGUGCAGCUCGGUGAAACCACACGCUGACUGCGUUCUGCACGGCUCUUCAUGCAGUGCUGUGGGCUGGUGCAUCGGAGGCGAGCACGGGUGUCCUAUGGUUCGGCAGACUCCUACACCAGCCGUCCAUCCGAUUCAGAUGUUUCUUUGGAGGAAGAUCGGGAGGCAGUGCGCAGAGAAGCAGAGCGACAGGCCCAGGCCCAGUUGGAAAAAGCAAAGACAAAGCCCGUUGCAUUUGCAGUUCGGACAAAUGUCAGCUACAGUGCAGCCCACGAAGACGAUGUUCCCGUGCCAGGCAUGGCCAUCUCAUUUGAAGCAAAAGAUUUUCUGCAUGUUAAGGAAAAAUUUAACAAUGACUGGUGGAUAGGGCGAUUGGUUAAAGAAGGCUGUGAAAUCGGAUUCAUUCCAAGUCCAGUCAAGCUAGAAAACAUGAGGCUACAGCAUGAACAGAGAGCCAAGCAAGGGAAAUUCUACUCCAGUAAAUCAGGAGGAAAUUCAUCAUCCAGUUUGGGUGACAUAGUACCUAGUUCCAGAAAAUCUACACCUCCAUCAUCUGCUAUAGACAUAGAUGCUACUGGCUUAGAUGCAGAAGACAAUGAUAUUCCAGCAAACCACCGCUCCCCUAAACCCAGUGCAAACAGUGUAACGUCACCCCACUCCAAAGAGAAAAGAAUGCCCUUCUUUAAGAAGACAGAGCACACCCCUCCGUAUGAUGUGGUCCCUUCUAUGCGACCUGUGGUCCUGGUGGGCCCCUCUCUGAAGGGGUAUGAGGUCACAGAUAUGAUGCAAAAAGCACUGUUCGAUUUUUUAAAACACAGAUUCGAAGGGCGGAUUUCCAUCACAAGGGUCACCGCCGACAUCUCACUGGCCAAACGCUCUGUCUUAAACAAUCCCAGUAAGCAUGCAAUAAUAGAAAGAUCCAACACGAGGUCAAGCCUAGCGGAAGUUCAGAGUGAAAUCGAAAGGAUUUUUGAACUUGCAAGAACACUGCAACUGGUGGUCCUUGACGCAGACACGAUCAAUCACCCAGCCCAGCUCAGUAAAACCUCUCUGGCCCCUAUUAUAGUGUAUGUCAAGAUUUCUUCUCCUAAGGUUUUACAGAGGUUAAUAAAGUCUCGAGGGAAAUCUCAAGCGAAGCACCUCAAUGUCCAGAUGGUGGCGGCAGAUAAGCUAGCUCAGUGUCCUCCAGAGCUGUUUGAUGUGAUCCUGGAUGAGAACCAGCUCGAGGAUGCCUGUGAACACCUGGCCGACUACCUGGAGGCCUACUGGAAGGCCACCCACCCUCCCAGCAGCAGUCUCCCCAACCCCCUUCUCAGCCGCACUUUAGCCACCUCCACCCUGCCCGUCAGCCCCACGCUAGCCUCCAACUCACAGGGUUCUCAAGGGGAUCAGAGGACGGAUCGUGGGGCUCCGGGCCGCUCUGCUUCCCAAGCUGAAGAAGAACAGUGUCCGGAACCGGUCAAGAAAGCCCAGCAUCGUUCCUCCACCCAGCACCACAACCAUCGCAGUGGCACCAGCCGAGGCCUCUCCAGGCAGGAGACCCUGGACUCGGAGACGCAGGAGAGUCGCGACUCCGCCUACGUGGAGCCCAAGGAAGAGUACUCGCACGAACACGCGGACCACUACGCCCCCCACCGUGACCACAACCACCGAGAGGAGCCCCACGGGGGCGGUGAGCACAGACACAGGGAGACUCGGCACCGCUCCAGGGACCCGGACCGAGAGCAGGACCACAACGAGUGCAACAAACAGCGGAGCCGCCACAAAUCCAAGGAUCGCUACUGUGACAAGGAUGGGGAAGGGGCGUCCCGGAGACGCAACGAGGCUGCUGACUGGAACAGGGAUGCUUACAUCCGCCAAUGACUCUCCUGCCCUUUUGUGUUGUUGUUUUUUUUUUAAGUCUUGUAUACCCACCACCCACCCACAUCGAUCUUGGGGGGAAGGGGGUCUACACUGCAAUCAUGUGAUUUGUCUUGUAUAUUUUGUACUGCUGUUGCUUGGAGAGCAACAGCAUGAAAUAGAGUAUUAAUACACUUUUUUUUUCUUUUGUAAGUGCUCUAUCAAUUGGCCUGGAAAGGCUGCAGGCCUCUGAUUGUCUACGGAACCUAGAACCCGGUCUGGGGUAGCUGCCACUCGAACAAAUCUGUUGCCGUCUGAGUGGCGUUGGUAUUUUAAGAAGCAUAGCUGAUGUUUUCGAAAAUGUGGUUGAUGUAUCCAGUGGGCUAGAACUGGCCCAGAUAAAAAGUGGAGUUUCCUGAUUCUUGCCGAUUUUUUAAUAUGUAGGCACUUGAUUUGCAUAUUCAUCCAUGGACCACUGUUUCUUGCUUGUACCUCCGGCUGACUAAAUUUGGGGACAGAUUCAGUCUUGCCUUACACAAAGGGGAUCAUAAAGUCAGAAUCUAUUUUCUAUGUACUAGUAUUGUGUACUGUAUAGACAGUUUGUAAAUGUUAUUUCUGCAAACACCUUCUUACGAUAAUUAUAUAUAUUAUAUAUAAUAUAUAUAUAUAUAUAUAUCAGUUUGAUCACACUAUUUUAGAGUCUUAAUGCCAAGUCAGCAGACCUGCUUUAUGAAUUACAGGGACUAGAAAAGCCCACCUUCAGGAAAUUUGUAAUAGCAUCAACUCGACGCCCAUCCCCGUUCACUAGAGUCUGUACAUACUGUAAAUACGUGUGGCUGCUUGACUUGAAAAGGCUUGAUUUCUGAAUGUUUCACCAUCCUUGUAAGUUUAUCAUUUCUGACCAUAAAUUAUGGGAAAUAUAUAACCAAACUCCAAGGGUUGUUCUACUCCGUGCAGUUCACACUGAUUGUGACGACCACGUCCUGCGUAGCUCGUGUCUGAGGUCACAGCACUGGAGUCUAGGAGCUGGAACCCGUGUGGGUCUGGGGGUGAGCAUGUGCGAGCAAGUGGAGGGUGUGAGGGUGGAAGACGCAAGAAGCAUCCAGCCUGGGCCACCGGCGCACACCCACCUGGCUCCGCCGUUCACUAUGCUGCUGCCGGAGCCGCCAGGGGGCGUAGCGGGGAGCUCGCUGCCAAAGGAGACUCGCUCAGAGAGCUCCCACCUGCUGGCUCCUUGGUCGUGCCCCUGGAGAGGAAAAAUACGGGCCGCUUUUAACUGUGAGUGUUCCACUGGAAAUGUCUGAUCUCUCGUGUGUUCGAGUGUCUGUCGUAGGGAGAAACGUUUACACAGCUUGUAGAAUAAUUUCAGGGGAAAAUCAGAGACCCUGAUUCCUCCCGCCCCACUGGCUGUUCCCCUCUUAUCUCCUCAAUCCAUCGCCUCCUGUUCCAUCCCCAUCUCCCCCACCCACUCCGACACUUUCACUGUCCGUCAAAACCUAGAAGUGCUUCUUAAAACCAAAGUUUCUGCUCUUCAGAAGAAAUCAGGGCAAAAUGAGGUGACCUGAAGUGAACAAAGAUGUUGAGGUUUUCCUGCGUGGGACACCUGCCCUGAAGGAGAAGCCAGAAGAUGCUGAGCGUGGUGUCAGGGACACGUUGUCGGCAGCCUGCGAGCUGGCUGUCACGCUGAGGCUGAAACCUGCUCUGCCUCUCUUAUGUGUCCAUCUGUCCAGUAAUGCAUGGACAGGUAAGACAGUAUUAGGUGUGCACGGACCUGGCACUUGAAGUCUGUUCCUGGAAAACUCCUAUGAUUGCCUACCUUCAGACCUGGACAUUAAAAAUUCUUAUUUUGUUAAAUAAGGCUAUUUUUAUUUCGCUUCUUUGGUUAUUCCAGGUUCUUGCCAAAUAUCCUUGGACCUUUACAAGUAAAACUGUCUCAUGUUUAAUUCCUUAUUUUCCUCCCCCAAAGAAAACUCAAGAGUUAUAAAAAUGAAUUAUACAUAUAGUGUUUUAUCAGAUAAUAGAGGAACCAUUUCCCUCAAUCUGUUAAUUAGCUCUGUACUCAUACCUUUAUUGAAUAUAAAAACACUAGUCAUAAUAUAUAAAUUUUCAGUGUAAAUUAGUCACAUCAUUGGGAAACCAUGUUCCAAUUAAAGUUACUUUUAUAAAAUACUUCCAGUCAACUUUCCAUUACAGUAAGAUGUCCACUAAUCACCGGCCCCCAACCUUUCCUAUACAAAGUUACAUCCCAGUUCAUGAUUUUGGAAUAUUUAAAUUCUAGAGGUAUAACUGGUAUGUAUCUUUUUUGCUGCUACCAUUAAUCCCUUUCAAAGAACUACAUUAACGGAUUCCAUUUUUAAAAAUUUUGUACCUGGACCUUUCGUUUCUCACUUUACUGUGAAACACAUUAGUCCAAAUCAGAGUGUUCCUCGGAAACCUCUAGUGUAGGAUCUGACAUAAGCGCAUCUAUCUGUGAAGACUGUAUAGUGGGUGUAUGUGUAAACGGUGUGUGCGAAAUAUGUAAAUGAAGAAACAAUCCCAAGGACAGUGGGAUAUUUACUGACUCAUAGAAUGUAAAAUUCUAAGUCUUUUCACACAGCAAAGGUUUCAGCUUAACCAACUCGGUUGUAGAAUCAUGAUUUUUGUAGUUAACCUAGAAAAUGCUGGAAAUGUUCUGAAUAGUUCUGUGGUGUUUUUUUUUUUUUUUUUCCUUGUCAAACCCAUUUCGGUUUUCCCUCUGCUCUCUCUCUACUGCUCAUUUAAGUUACUGUUACAAAAAGGUGCUGCUAAAUGUAGGCCGUCUUAGUGAUCCUGUACUUCAGGACAAUGCCACAUUUGAACAUGGUCUGCUCUGCAUUCAUGUCAAACCUUCACUGUCAGCUACACCAAACUGUUCAACAAGCCUGGUUUAAAGUCAUUCAAACAAAUAAAGAGCUGGCUUCUGCACUGUUUACUAUUAGUAGUAUUAAUUGCCAUUUCAGGAGUGAUUCUUACAGGUGAAAGUAUGUUGAACACUUACCUGUACUUCCCUCACGCGGCUCAUCUUCCAGGGGCGGGGAGGUCAUGGGCUGCAGUCCCCUCCCCACGACGGCUGACAAGUGCCAGCUUCCAGCAGGUCAAAGGUCUCCGGGGGUCUGAGCACAGCAACGUCAGCUUCCUCUCACCUUUAUCCUUACGUGUUCAGCAAUUCUUGCCUCUGAUGUUGAAUUUUAUUUUUUCCCUUUUAAACUGAUCCAUCAUCAGAUCUUCAUUUUAAUCCUUGUCCUUGGCUCAAUGACAUGCUGCUGCUGGUCCAAUCUUGUUAACAGGUCAAGAGUCACUCUGGUGGAGACACAGGUAAUUACAUGUCUCUGGGUCAGUGGUUGAAUUGUGGCUAAGUUACAUUUUUAAGUAUUUGUACUUUACUACUUAAAAUGUGAUACACGGUUUUGAAGUAAAAUGUACUCACUGUGGAAUUAAAAUGCUUCUGUUUCAGAAAUAACUAUGACAACAUUAAAUAUGUUUAAAAAAAAAUGUAUUCGUUCUCCUCCACACUUCCCUUUCUUCCAUCUAUCAUAUUUUUUCUUAAAUGUCUGUGUUCCUUAGGAUUGAAUGUGUUUUGUGUUCCAAUUUGUUGUUGUUUUUUUUUUUAAAGAAACCACUGGAAAAUGUCUGUUAAAGGAACAAAUGUUAAUCCUAUUUCUUAUCUGCCAUUACUGUUUUCAACAUGCAAAUUUUUUCUUCUGUUUUGCCUGUACUGUUUAUAUUUUGGUGUUUGCUGGUAUUAAUCAAAACUUCUCAUGUU